AAUAAUAAUUUAUACUGAGUAAAUAUAUUUUAAGAAGCUUAUGAUAAACCAGUUCACAAACCUUGACAGUUACUUCAACUUGAACCAAGAAGACUAUAUCUAUGCCGAUAAUGUCUUCGCAAGUAUUACACACACAAAUAUGAACAACCAACUCUUCUCACUCAAAUCCGGAUGAAUCGAAGAUAAAGCUGACAGAAUGGAGAGCAUUAACAACCAGCCAAAUGAAACAAGAGUCACCAAGGAUACUUGCACUUUAAUGACUCCGGCAAAAUAUGAAGAAGAUGCUUGCUUCCAAAUUGCUUACGAAGAUCUUACUUGUGGAGAACCAUUAUUAAAAGAUACUGAGAUCGUGCAGCCUAUUACUUUUCCAGCUCAAGAUUCAUCUCAAGAAGAGCAAAAGGAGUCUAUUGUUGAGCCUAAAGAGUCAGAGAUUCAGAAAUCUCGUAGAAUAUCUGGUGAUUCUCCUACUGCAGCUGACCGAGUUGACUUCAAACUAAGAGACUCUCUUAGGUUUCUGAGAAGACAUUUCCUUCAGCUCUACAAACAAGCCAACCGCAGAAUUGUUCAGAAACGCUAUGUGAACUGCAGCACCAGACAGAUCGUGGACUCUGUAAGAGCGACUUUGGAGCAAAGUUUUUCAUUGCAAUCGAUUACCGAAGAUCUGGUUUUAUACACAACAGGAAUCUUAAACUUAAAGCCUUGAAGCCGCCUCAAUUGUUCUGACCAAGUCUCUCAAGAGAUCCGGCUAUUCCUCGAAGCUGUUCGCAAGUUCUCCCUGAAGAAAUUCAAGAGGCUCAUGGCAUCUUCCAACUUACAAACAUUAUGAAGACACUUGGUGGCCAGUUGACAAGAUGACAAAAUUGAUGCUCUGAGGCAAGCUCUGAGGAUGAACUAAUCGAUUAUCAGAC